CAUCACUCUGUGGUGUGCUCGUGAUCGCGGGACUACACCGUCACCACUCUCCACCGCACCAGUCUUGAAACUCGGCCGGGCACCUGCGACACCCGCAGGACGGUCCAACUAUGGGCGUCGCCCAGUUCACCCUCCGGGCUGGACUAUUGUGUGCUCUGCUCUGUGUUCAUUUGCUUCGCGCAGAUGCAGAUGCCGACGAACUUAUCCGUGAACCCCGCGACGCGAGUCCCUUGGCCGGACUCUACGCUUUCCUCUAUCAACAAGGCCUCGACGAGUUCUGCAAGUAUCUACGAAAGGCCAAUGUCGAGGACUAUCUGCUCUCGGCUCCGUCUCUGACAUUCUUCGCUCCGAACGACAAGGCGUUCGCGGCGGUGCCACCGAGUGUCUUGAAGCAGUUGGAGACCAACUCCCAACUCCUGAGGAGCUUCGUCCUGUACCACGUGGUUGCUGAGGCUCUGCCCUCCAGGUCGUUGACCAACGAUGGAGAAAUCGACACUUUGCAAGGAGCUCGGCUCAGGAUCAAGAUCUACGAUAACGGCCGAACGGUCUCCGUGUCCGGCGCCAACCUGCUCCAGGCCGACAAGGGCUUUGAAAACGCCGUCGUCCACAUCGUUGACCGUGUAAUCUUCCCACUUGCUGAUCAGCCUCUGUCCAACACCCUCCAGACCAAGUACGGUUAUUUCUACAGGCUGCUGCAGAAUGCUGGUCUGGCGAAGAUUCUUGGGCGUGAUCUGUACACGGUGUUGGUCCCGACUCAGGAGGCCAUCAACAACUUGCCAAAGGAGACCAAGACGAUCUUCAACGACCCCACGCUAUUGCAACGCGUCCUGUCCCAGCACAUCAUCCCAGGUGUCCAUUUCAGUGGCGCCUUCAAGGACGGUGCACAACUACAAUCACUGGGCGAGGAACUCCUGCUUAUCUCGACGCAGAGAGGAAAGGUCUACGUAAAUGGUGCUCCGCUGGAGAAGACCGACGAAACCGCAGCAAAUGGUGCGAUCCACCAGAUCAACAGAGUCAUUCUUCCAAAGGGUGUAGCCGAAGAUUGCGGCUGUGUCGUUGAAGAAAAAGUAGAUGCUCAGGGACCGCCCUAUACCACAGGCCUGCUCGUGCCUACAGGACAGCUUAGUCCUUUCGGAGCGCCCAGUGUACCUGCCACUCCGGUAAAACCAAGGCGUCCGUCAUCCUACGGCACACCGGUAAGGCCUGCGGGGCCUGCAGCACCAACCCUUUUCGGAACACCAGGUGUGCCAGGGAGACCCGACGCACCAAGAAGUCCUGCAGCCCCAGUUCCCUUUGGAGCACGCAUCGGACAACGAGGUCCUGCGGGGCCAAGAGGACCUGGCGGCCCUGCACCACAAGGUCCAUUCAGAGCACCUAGCGGCCCCAGAGGUCCCGCGGGACCUGACGGACAAAGAGGACCUGGCGCUCCUGCACCAAGUCCUUUCGGAGCACCAAGCGGCCCAAGAGGUCCUGCGGGACCUUCCGGACCAAGAGGACCCGGCGCCCCUGGAGCACCAAGUCCUUUCGGAGCACCUAGCGGACCACGAGGUCCUGCGGGACCUGGCGCUCCUGCACCAAGUCCUUUCGGAGCACCAAGCGGACCAGGAGGUCCUUCGGGACCAGGCAGACCAAGAGGACCCGGUGCCCCUGGAGCACCAAGUCCUUUCGGAGCACCUAGCGGACCAGGAGGUCCUUCGGGACCAGCCGGACCAAGAGGACCCGGCGCCCCUGGAGCACCAAGUCCUUUCGGAGCACCAAGCGGACCAGGAGGUCCUUCGGGACCAGCCGGACCAAGAGGACCUGGCGCCCCUGGAGCACCAAGUCCUUUCGGAGCACCUAGCGGACCACGAGGUCCUGCGGGACCUGGCGCUCCUGCACCAAGUCCUUUCGGAGCACCAAGCAGACCAGGAGGUCCUUCGGGACCAGCCGGACCAAGAGGACCCGGCGCCCCUGGAGCACCAAGUCCUUUCGGAGCACCUAGCGGACCAGGAGGUCCUUCGGGACCAGCCGGACCAAGAGGACCCGGCGCCCCUGGAGCACCAAGUCCUUUCGGAGCACCUAGCGGACCAGGAGGUCCUUCGGGACCAGCCGGACCAAGAGGACCCGGCGCCCCUGGAGCACCAAGUCCUUUCGGAGCACCUAGCGGACCACGAGGUCCUGCGGGACCUGGCGCUCCUGCACCAAGUCCUUUCGGAGCACCAAGCGGACCACGAGGUCCUUCGGGACCAGCCGGACCAAGAGGACCCGGCGCCCCUGGAGCACCAAGUCCUUUCGGAGCACCUAGCGGACCAGGAGGUCCUUCGGGACCAGCCGGACCAAGAGGACCCGGCGCCCCUGGAGCACCAAGUCCUUUCGGAGCACCUAGCGGACCACGAGGUCCUGCGGGACCGGGCGCUCCUGCACCAAGUCCUUUCGGAGCACCAAGCGGACCACGAGGUCCUUCAGGACCAGCCGGACCAAGAGGACCCGGCGCCCCUGGAGCACCAAGUCCUUUCGGAGCACCUAGCGGACCACGAGGUCCUGCGGGACCUGGCGCUCCUGCACCAAGUCCUUUCGGAGCACCAAGCGGACCAGGAGGUCCUUUCGGAGCACCAAGCGGACCAGGAGGUCCUUCGGGGCCAGCCGGACCAAGAGGACCCGGCGCCCCUGGAGCACAAAGUCCUUUCGGAGCACCUAGCGGACCAGGAGGUCCUUCGGGACCAGCCGGACCAAGAGGACCCGGCGCCCCUGGAGCACCAAGUCCUUUCGGAGCACCUAGCGGACCACGAGGUCCUGCGGGACCUGGCGCUCCUGCACCAAGUCCUUUCGGAGCACCAAGCGGACCACGAGGUCCUUCGGGACCAGCCGGACCAAGAGGACCCGGCGCCCCUGGAGCACCAAGUCCUUUCGGAGCACCUAGCGGACCAGGAGGUCCUUCGGGACCAGCCGGACCAAGAGGACCCGGCGCCCCUGGAGCACCAAGUCCUUUCGGAGCACCUAGCGGACCACGAGGUCCUGCGGGACCUGGCGCUCCUGCACCAAGUCCUUUCGGAGCACCAAGCGGACCAGGAGGUCCUUUCGGAGCACCAAGCGGACCACGAGGUCCUUCGGGACCAGCCGGACCAAGAGGACCCGGCGCCCCUGGAGCGCCAAGUCCUUUCGGAGCACCUAGCGGACCAGGAGGUCCUUCGGGACCAGCCGGACCAAGAGGACCCGGCGCCCCUGGAGCACCAAGUCCUUUCGGAGCACCUAGCGGACCACGAGGUCCUGCGGGACCUGGCGCUCCUGCACCAAGUCCUUUCGGAGCACCAAGCGGACCACGAGGUCCUUCGGGACCAGCCGGACCAAGAGGACCCGGCGUCCCUGGAGCACCAAGUCCUUUCGGAGCACCUGGCGGACCAGGAGGUCCUUCGGGACCAGCCGGACCAAGAGGACCCGGCGCCCCUGGAUCACCAAGUCCUUUCGGAGCACCUAGCAGACCACUAGGCCCUGCGGGACCCGGCGCUCCUGGAGCACCAAGUCCUUUCGGAGCACCUAGCGGACCACGAGGUCCAACGGGACCUGGCGCUCCUGCACCAAGUCCUUUCGGAGCACCAAGCGGACCACGAGGUCCUUCGGGACCAGCCAGACCAAGAGGACCCGGCGCCCCUGGAGCACCAAGUCCUUUCGGAGCACCUAGCGGACCAGGAGGUCCUUCGGGACCAGCCGGACCGAGAGGACCUGGCGCCCCUGCAGCACCAACUUCUUUCGGAGCACCUAGCGGACCACGAGGCCCUGCGGGACCAGCCGGACCGAGAGCACCUGGCACCCCUGCAGCACCAAGUCCCUUCGGAGCACCUAGCGGACCACAAGGUCCUUCAGGACCUGGUGCCCCUGCCCGAAGUCCUUUCGGAGCACCAAGCGGCCCAAGAGGUCCCGCGGGACCUUUCGGACCAGCUCCAAGUCCUUUUGGAGCACCUACCGGACCACGAGGCCCUGCAGGACCUGGCGCUCCUGCAGCACCAACUUCUUUCGGAGCACCUAGCGGACCACGAGGCCCUGCGGGACCAGCCGGACCGAGAGGACCUGGCGCCCCUGCAGCACCAAGUCCUUUCGGAGCACCAAGCGGCCCAAGAGGUCCCGCGGGACCUUUCGGACCAGCUCCAAGUCCUUUUGGAGCACCUACCGGACCACGAGGCCCUGCAGGACCUGGCGCUCCUGCACCAAGUCCUUUCGGAGCACGUAGCGGACCACGAGGUCCUGCGGGACCGGCCGGACCUGGAGGACCUGGCGCCCCUGCAGCACCAAGUCCCUUCGGAGCACCAAGCGGACCACGAGGUCCUGCAGGACCAGCCGGACCAAGAGGACCUGGCGCCCCUGGAGUCCCAUCUUCAGGAGAACCUGCGAGGCCUAGUGCUCCCAGGAAGCCACCAGCUUACACCCCUACUGGUCCAAGACAAGUCAGUGAAGUGAAAACUCCGGAUGCCCACGUAUUUAAAUCUGUCCCACCAUGUCCGCCGUACCCGUUUCAACACCCCUCCGGAUCUCCAUACCAGCAGUUUCCUGGGACACCAACAGCACCUGGAGCACCUAGCGGACCCAGAGGACCUGCAGGGCCUGUUGCCCCAAGCCCAUUCGGAGCACCAAGCGGGCCAAGAGGACCAGCAGGACCUUCUGGACCAAGUCCAUUCGGAGCGCCUGGCGGUCCACGAGGUCCUUCGGGACCUGCCGGACCAAGCGGUCCUUCGGGACCAAGAGGACCAGGCGCCCCGGCAGGCCCAAGUCCAUUCGGAGCACCAAGUGGUCCAAUAGGGCCUGUAGGACCUUCUGGACCAAGAGGACCUGGCGCACCAGCAGCCCCAAGUCCAUUCGGAGCACGAAGCGGGCCUUCCAGACCAAGUCCAUUUGGAGCGCCUAGCGGACCACGGGGACCUUCGGGACCUGCCGGACCAAGUGGCCCAUCGGGACCAAGAGGACCAGGCGCCCCAUCAGGCCCAAGUCCAUUCGGAGCGCCUAGCGGGCCAAGUGGUCCUUCGGGACCAAGAGGUCCUGGCGCCCCAGCAGCCCCAAGUCCAUUCGGAGCGCCAAGCGGACCACGAGGUCCUUCGGGACCUGGUGGACCAAGUGGUCCUUCGGGACCUGCCGGACCAGGCGCCCCAUCAGGCCCAAGUCCAUUCGGAGCACCAAGUGGCCCUAGGGGACCUGGAGGACCUUCCGGACCAAGUCCAUUCGGAGCACCAAGCGGGCCAAGAGGACCUGCAGGACCUUCUGGACCAAGUCCAUUUGGAGCGCCUAGCGGACCACAAGGUCCUUCGGGACCUGCCGGACCAGGCGCCCCAUCAGGCCCAAGUCCAUUCGGAGCACCAAGUGGCCCUAGGGGACCUGGAGGACCUUCGGGACCAAGAGGACCUUCCGGACCAAGUCCAUUCGGAGCACCAAGCGGGCCAAGAGGACCUGCAGGACCUUCUGGACCGAGUCCAUUCGGAGCGCCUAGCGGACCACGAGGUCCUUUAGGACCUGCCGGACCAAGUGGUCCUUCGGGACCAAGAGGACCAGGCGCCCCAUCAGGCCCAAGUCCAUUCGGAGCACCAAGUGGCCCUAGGGGACCUGGAGGACCUUCCGGACCAAGUCCAUUCGGAGCACCAAGCGGGCCAAGAGGACCUGCAGGACCUUCUGGACCGAGUCCAUUCGGAGCGCCUAGCGGACCACGAGGUCCUUUAGGACCUGCCGGACCAAGUGGUCCAUCGGGACCAAGAGGACCAGGCGCCCCAUCAGGCCCAAGUCCAUUCGGAGCGCCUAGCGGACCACGGGGACCUUCGGGACCAAGUCCAUUCGGAGCGCCUAGCGGACCAAGUGGUCCAUCGGGACCAAGAGGACCAGGCGCCCCAUCAGGCCCAAGUCCAUUCGGAGCGCCUAGCGGACCAGGUGGUCCAUCGGGACCAAGAGGACCAGGCGCCCCAUCAAGGCCAAGUCCAUUCGGAGCACCAAGUGGCCCUAGGGGACCUGGAGGACCUUCCGGACCAAGUCCAUUCGGAGCACCAAGCGGGCCAAGAGGACCUGCAGGACCUUUCGGACCAAGUCCAUUCGGAGCGCCUAGCGGACCACGGGGACCUUCGGGACCUGCCGGACCAAGUGGUCCAUCGGGACCAAGAGGACCAGGCGCCCCAUCAGGCCCAAGUCCAUUCGGAGCGCCUAGCGGACCAGGUGGUCCAUCGGGACCAAGAGGACCAGGCGCCCCAUCAGGCCCAAGUCCAUUCGGAGCACCAAGUGGCCCUAGGGGACCUGGAGGACCUUCCGGACCAAGUCCAUUCGGAGCACCAAGCGGGCCAAGAGGACCUGCAGGACCUUUCGGACCAAGUCCAUUCGGAGCGCCUAGCGGACCACGGGGACCUUCGGGACCUGCCGGACCAAGUGGUCCAUCGGGACCAAGAGGACCAGGCGCCCCAUCAGGCCCAAGUCCAUUCGGAGCGCCUAGCGGACCACGAGGUCCUUCGGGACCUGCUGGACCAAGAGGACCUAGUGCCCCAGCAGGCCCAAGUCCAUUCGGAGCACGAAGCGGGCCUUUCGGACCAAGUCCAUUUGGAGCGCCAAGCGGACCACGGGGACCUUCGGGACCUGCCGGACCAAGUGGCCCAUCGGGACCAAGAGGACCAGGCGCCCCAGCAGCCCCAGGUCCGUUUGGAGCACCAAGCGGGCCAAGAGGACCUUCUGGACCAAGUCCAUUCGGAGCGCCUAGCGGACCAAGUGGUCCAUCGGGACCAAGAGGACCAGGCGCCCCAUCAGGCCCAAGUCCAUUCGGAGCGCCUAGCGGACCACGGGGACCUUCGGGACCAAGUCCAUUCGGAGCGCCUAGCGGACCAAGUGGUCCAUCGGGACCAAGAGGACCAGGCGCCCCAUCAGGCCCAAGUCCAUUCGGAGCGCCUAGCGGACCAGGUGGUCCAUCGGGACCAAGAGGACCAGGCGCCCCAUCAGGCCCAAGUCCAUUCGGAGCACCAAGUGGCCCUAGGGGACCUGGAGGACCUUCCGGACCAAGUCCAUUCGGAGCACCAAGCGGGCCAAGAGGACCUGCAGGACCUUUCGGACCAAGUCCAUUCGGAGCGCCUAGCGGACCACGGGGACCUUCGGGACCUGCCGGACCAAGUGGUCCAUCGGGACCAAGAGGACCAGGUGCCCCAUCAGGCCCAAGUCCAUUCGGAGCGCCUAGCGGACCACGGGGACCUUCGGGACCAAGUCCAUUCGGAGCGCCUAGCGGACCAAGUGGUCCAUCGGGACCAAGAGGACCAGGCGCCCCAUCAGGCCCAAGUCCAUUCGGAGCGCCUAGCGGACCAGGUGGUCCAUCGGGACCAAGAGGACCAGGCGCCCCAUCAAGGCCAAGUCCAUUCGGAGCACCAAGUGGCCCUAGGGGACCUGGAGGACCUUCCGGACCAAGUCCAUUCGGAGCACCAAGCGGGCCAAGAGGACCUGCAGGACCUUUCGGACCAAGUCCAUUCGGAGCGCCUAGCGGACCACGGGGACCUUCGGGACCUGCCGGACCAAGUGGUCCAUCGGGACCAAGAGGACCAGGCGCCCCAUCAGGCCCAAGUCCAUUCGGAGCGCCUAGCGGACCAGGUGGUCCAUCGGGACCAAGAGGACCAGGCGCCCCAUCAGGCCCAAGUCCAUUCGGAGCACCAAGUGGCCCUAGGGGACCUGGAGGACCUUCCGGACCAAGUCCAUUCGGAGCACCAAGCGGGCCAAGAGGACCUGCAGGACCUUCUGGACCAAGUCCAUUCGGAGCGCCUAGCGGACCACGGGGACCUUCGGGGCCUGCCGGACCAAGUGGUCCAUCGGGACCAAGAGGACCAGGCGCCCCAUUAGUCCCAAGUCCAUUUGGAGCACCAAGUGGCCCUAGGGGACCUGGAGGACCUUCCGGACCAAGUCCAUUCGGAGCACCAAGCGGGCCAAGAGGACCUGCAGGACCUUCUGGACCAAGUCCAUUCGGAGCGCGUAGCGGACCAAGUGGUCCAUCGGGACCAAGAGGACCAGGCGCUCCAUCAGGCCCAAGUCCAUUCGGAGCACCAAGUGGCCCUAGGGGACCUGGAGGACCUUCCGGACCAAGUCCAUUCGGAGCACCAAGCGGGCCAAGAGGACCUGCAGGACCUUCCGGACCAAGUCCAUUCGGAGCACCAAGCGGGCCAAGAGGACCUGCAGGACCUUCUGGACCAAGUCCAUUCGGAGCGCCUAGCGGACCACGAGGUCCUUCGGGACCUGCUGGACCAAGUCCAUUUGGAGCGCCUAGCGGACCACGAGGACCUUCGGGACCUGCCGGACCAAGUGGUCCAUCGGGACCAAGAGGACCAGGCGCCCCAUCAGGCCCAAGUCCAUUCGGAGCACCAAGCGGGCCAAGAGGACCUGCAGGACCUUCUGGACCAAGUCCAUUCGGAGCGCCUAGCGGACCACGAGGUCCUUCGGGACCUGCUGGACCAAGUCCAUUUGGAGCGCCUAGCGGACCACGAGGACCUUCGGGACCUGCCGGACCAAGUGGUCCAUCGGGACCAAGAGGACCAGGCGCCCCAUCAGGCCCAAGUCCAUUCGGAGCACCAAGCGGGCCAAGAGGACCUGCAGGACCUUCUGGACCAAGUCCAUUCGGAGCGCCUAGCGGACCACGAGGUCCUUCGGGACCUGCUGGACCAAGUCCAUUCGGAGCACCAAGUGGCCCUAGGGGACCUGGAGGACCUUCCGGACCAAGUCCAUUCGGAGCACCAAGCGGGCCAAGAGGACCUAGCGCCCCAGCAGGCCCAAGUCCAUUCGGAGCACCAAGCGGGCCAAGAGGACCUGCAGGACCUUCUGGACCAAGUCCACUCGGAGCGCCUAGCGGACCACGAGGACCUUCGGGACCUGCCGGACCACAUGGUCCAUCGGGACCGAGAGGACCAGGUGCCCCAUCAGGCCCAAGUCCAUUCGGAGCACCAAGCGGGCCAAGAGGACCUAGCGCCCCAGCACGCCCAAGUCCAUUUGGAGCACCAAGCGGGCCAAGAGGACCUGCAGGACCUUCUGGACCAAGUCCAUUCGGAGCGCCUAGCGGACCAAGUGGUCCAUCGGGACCAAGAGGACCAGGCGCCCCAGCAGCCCCUAGUCCAUUCGGAGCACCAAGCGGGCCAAGGGGACCUUCUGGACCAACUCCAUUCGGAGCGCCUAGCGGACCAAGUGGUCCAUCGGGACCAAGAGGACCAGGCGCCCCAGCAGCCCCUAGUCCAUUCGGAGCACCAAGCGGGCCAAGGGGACCUUCUGGACCAACUCCAUUCGGAGCGCCUAGCGGACCAAGUGGUCCAUCGGGACCUCCCGGACCAAGUCCAUUUGGAGCACGUAGCGGACCACGAGGUCCUUCGGGACCAGCCGGACCAAGAGGACCGGGAGCGCCUAGCGGACCACGAGGUCCUGGGGCGCCAGGAAGCGCCGUCACUGGAGUGCAUGUCACCGAAAUUGGUCCCCAAACCCGAAUUGUUGGCCCCGCAGGAUUCUCAGGCUUGCACCCGUACACCUUUGACUUCUCAUUUGGUACUGGUAGGGUGGAAACCAUUCCUGGUCGCAGAAUCGCUUUUGGAGUUCCGCGACCGCAAGUUCAACCUGUCCCGGUUGCCGUAGUUCGACCUCAGGUACCAGCAACACAAGUGACUGGGGAGCCAUUUGAUAUUCAAAGACUUGGAAGGGAGCUUCACGCUACCACGUAUUUUACCUGGCUGAAGCAAACAGGUGUCGCAAGACUCAUCAGUGAUGGAGGGUUCUACACUAUCCUUGUACCAACGGAUGCCGCUAUUUCACGACUACCAAAGGACUAUCUUGCCAGGUUGCAAGGAAGCGUCGAACUGCUCAGGCAGUUCGUUAUCUACUACAUCAUUCCCGGUGACAUCAGUACCAGCACCGAUGGUCAAGCCUUUGCUACACUCGCUCCCCAGGGUGUUGUCACUGUAAAUCGGUACCAAGGAAAGUUGACGAUAUCUGGAAGCGCAGUCACGACCACCAAACAACAGGGUAACUUUGUGUUCCUCACACUGGACAAAGUGAUCACUAAGUCAGGCCAAGGUAGCCUCCUCGAUGUCAUCAGCAGUUUGCCAGGCUUAAGGCAGCUGGCGUCAGCCAUCAAGUUCACUGGCUUCGAAGAGUACCUCACUGGAGAGGGACCAUACACGUUCUUUGCUCCCAGCGACGAAGCAUUCAAGAACUACGCUGGGAAGGACAAUUUGCUGAGAGACAGGGAAGGACUGAAAGCCCUGCUGCUCCGACACUUGGUGCCGAAGACUCUGUACAGUACAAGUAUUCAAGAGAGGCAAACGGUCAGGUCUCUGGGAGGACAGGAGCUCAAGUUCAGCAUCAUUCCUGAAUGUAUUACCGUCAAUGGAAUCAACGUGUACAAAGUCGACAACGGUGCGUCCAAUGGCGUCCUGCACAUCAUCGAUCACUUCCUAUGAGUGAAGCAGAAGAGAAACAUUUGUGUGAAUGUUAAACUAAAUAAUGGCAAUUGCUCUCUCUCUCUUUCCUGCCACUUGUGUGAAUGAGUGUUAAUAAAAACUUCUUGCGCAUUC